GACCAAUGUCCAGUUGUCAUUUUUUGCAUCAUAUUGUAUUUCUCGUGCUUUUUGCAUUUUCUUGUGCAAGUCCGAGUCGAACCAACGGGAAAAAACGCUGUUAUUUCUAGUGAAAAAUGGCAGAUUCCGAGCUCGCGAAAGCCUUGAAGGACUUGCCGAAUCGAGUUUUAAAUGUGACCGUCGAAGAACGUCCCGAAUUGUUCCGUAAUGUAAUCGCUGUACUGCCAAAUCCAGGUAUCAACGCCACUAUCGUUCGGGGAAUUUGCAAAGUGAUCGGAACGACGCUGACCAAAUUCAAAGAUCCGUCAUCACAGGCACUGGUGCGUGAUUUGAUUGUUGCACUGCUGAAACAACAUCCGGAUUUAGCAUACGAACACUUGAAUAAUGUUCUUAAAGCUUUAGUAACAAAAGAUCUUGCCGCAGCACCACCACUGAAGGGCGCUCAAGCCGCCGUUCUAGCAUUAGGAUGGGCAAAUCUGAUUGCACUACAUGGAGACCACGAAUCCGACGUGGGAAAAAAGGAAUUCCCCAAGCUCAUCGAAGCUCAGGCUGGCUUGUACCAGCUGUCGUUAACAUCUGGCAUCCAGAAGAUAUCCGACAAAGCGUACAGUUUUCUGAAAGAAUUUUUCGCUAAAAAGGAAGACUUUGAAAAGGUUUAUUUCGCAAAGUUGCUGUCAAUGGAACCUUCCAGUUCGGUGGUCCUUUUCCUAUCGGCAAUUUUAAGGUAUUGCAAGGAGGUGCACGAUAAUCUUACGCUGCUGGAGCAAAACAAACCAAAAUUGUUAGAUUACAUCGUGAAGGGGAUUAUCACGGUUAAAACUAAACCGCAUGCAAGUGACAUCGUUGGUUGCUCGGUACUGUUCAGCGCCAUUAGCAAGGCAGAAUUCAAGGCCAACAUUUUACCGGCUCUGCAGCGGUCUAUGCUGCGUUCGCCUGAAGUAAUUCUUCGUGCCGUCGGAGCGAUUGUUGGGGAAAUUCAGGCUGAUAUUAGUGACUUUGCGUUAGAUCUGGGUAAAACGUUGGUCCAGAAUUUGGCCUCGAAAGAUGAAACCGUUCGGCAUGAAGCCGCCGAAUCAUUGAAACAGGUAGCUAUGAAAUGUGCCGCACCGCAAGCGGUCGAGACUUUGCUGAAGGACGUUUUCGCUAUACUGAACGGUUCAGGCGGGAAGAUUACGAUGGUUGAGCUGAGGAUCAAUUUACUGCAGGGUGCAGGCAACCUAAGCUACAACAAAAUUGGUUCCGAUGAGGUUCUAACAAUUCUACCGACGGUCACCGACCUCUUCACUAAGGCGUUGGAAACAGAACUGCAGGAGAAGGCACUUUGUCAUGCACUAGAAAUGUUUGGCUUGUGGUCGAUUUACUUUUGUGGGGAAAUCCCUGCAAAAAUUGAUCAAACCUUCAAAAAGGGACUGGAAGCAAAGUCGCCAGUGCUUCGGGCAAGCUAUUUGCAAUGGUUCCUAGCAUGUUUGGAGAAUGGAACACUUCCCAGUGGAAGUGAUUUUACCGUAGCUUUGUCAAAGAUUGUGGAGAAAGCAGCACAGAACCCAACUCAGACACCAACGGUUUCCGAAGGCGUUGGAGCUGCCUGUAUAAUCCUGGUGACCAAGGCCAAUGUCAACGAUCAACUGAAGGACUUUUGGAACGUGGUUUUAGACAUGAACAAAAAGGUAUUCCUGGCUGAGAAAUUUCUCGCCAACACCGCAGCCGAGACACUUUUUUACGUGAUGUUGUUCUGUGAACGAUUACUGCUUAAUCAUUUAGAAGAAUUGAAGGGUCCAUCGGAUGCGCUUUUCAAAGCCGUGAUACAUUGCGUAACUUCUUCCCAUAAGAAGGUUCGCAAAUACUGUCUACCCCGACUGAAGAAAAUCGUCAACAGUGUAAAUGGGAUCGACUUAGCUAAUCGUCUGCUGCAAGUUCUCACAAAUUUUGUAGAAAAUACGAAAAUUCUAAACGAAGGUGAACAGGAAGAAGGGGGAAUUCCUGCUCAGGCGUUAGUAGACACUAUUAAAACCAUGACCGAUAUCGACUCCAUACAGAGUGCAAACUCGCAGAUAAUAGCACUGAACGCAUUGCUUUGCACCCACCAUCCGGCGGCUUUUUCGGUUCAAUCCGACUUGUGGGAAACUAUUCUGCAGCGCUACGAGAUGAACGGGAAGUACUUUAUCUCGAUGAAUACUGCCGCGAUCAAGGAAUGUUUCUUCGACGGUUACAAAGCAACGGCCAUGUAUGAAAAUACACUGGCGACACUUUCGCGCAUUAGUCCGGAGACUAUUCUGCCGGUGCUGGUGAGAAAUGUAACGGAUCAGUUAAACAAUUCGCGGAUGUCCAACGUUAGUGACGAGGAAUAUUUUACGUAUUUGACACCGGAUGGCGAGCUGUACGAUAAGAGUGUGAUACCUAACUCGGACGAGCAGAUGAACACCGCUCACCUGAAGCGGGAGAACAAGGCGUACAGCUACAAGGAACAACUGGAGGAACUACAGCUCCGCCGGGAGAUCGAGGAAAAGCGCCGCAAGGAAGGUAAAUCCAAACCACCCCAGCUGACACCCAAGCAGAAGGAAGCAAUCGAGAAGCAAACCGAGAAGGAGAAAGCCAUCAAAACUCGCCUACGUGAGCUAAAUAACAUCAUUGCCACGCUCAUCUCGCAGAUCGAAGGUGCCGUCAAGGGAACUCCACGGCAGUUGUCCCUUUUCUUUCCUACCUUGUUACCGGCAAUCUUACGAGUUUUCUCCUCCCCUCUGGUUGCGCCUUCAAUGGUUAAGUUGUACCUGAGGUUAAUGGAAACCUGCUUUAGUGGGGACUUGGCCGAAGUGGGACGUGAUGUGGCCAUAGCCACGAUUCGACUGAGUAAACCGCACUGUGACUUGGAGGAGAGUUGGUGUACCGCCAACUUGGUUGAACUGGUUAGCGAUAUUUUGGUGUCACUUUAUGACGAAACAAUCGAUAAGUAUAAUGUGCACAUUGACGAGGAUGGAGCAAAGAAUUAUCUGCUUAAUGCUCCGGCUUUCAGUUACACGUUUGAGUUUUUGAAAAGGGCACUGGUUAUACCGGAGGCAGGCAAGGAUGAGAGUUUGUUAAUUAAUGGGAUACAGAUUAUUGCCUAUCAUGCGCAGUUGAAGGGAGAUACGGUAGACGGGUUGAAUUUCGACGAUUUGUAUCACCCGAAAUAUAUGCCAAGACUGGAGAUGUUGAAACUGUUGUUGAAGCUGAUUCAGCAAAACCGCGGUAGGAUUCAGACGCAGGCUGUAGCCGCGUUGUUGGAUGUAGCGGAGAGUAGUUCGGGGAAAGAGUAUACGGCUACGGCUGAUCACAAAGAGAUUGAGUGUUUACUCGUAGCGCUGCAAGACGAGUUGGAUGCGGUACGGGACGUAGCAUUACGAGCGUUGGCGAUCAUGAUUAAAGCACUACCAUCGAUUGUUGAUGACUAUGAACUGGGUUUAAGAUUGACCCGAAGACUGUGGGUAGCAAAGCAUGACGUAUCUCAGGAUACUAAGGAGCUAGCGGAGAGUUUGUGGGUUCAGGGCGAUUUUGAGGUACCCAUCGUGAUGGCAGAUGAGCUUAUGAAGGAUAUCAUUCACCCGGAACCGUGCAUCCAGAAAGCGGCUUCGUAUGCUUUGGUUUCCAUUCUGGCCGAAGAUUCUAGUAUUAUUGACAGUAUUCUAGAACAGCUAUUGGAAAUUUACCAGGAAAAAUUAACGAUGAUUCCGGCUAAGUUGGAUCAAUUUGAUCGCGAGAUUGAGCCAGCCAUCGAUCCCUGGGGUCCGCGAAGGGGUGUAGCAAUAGCUUUUAGUCAGAUCGCCCCAUUUUUGACGGCCGAUUUGGUCAACAGUUUGACACAGUUCAUGGUUUCAACUGGACUACGUGAUCGAGAAGAAAUCGUACACAAAGAGAUGCUAGCUGCUUCGCUGGCCAUAGUGGAACAUCAUGGCAAAGAAAGUGUGUCCUAUUUGCUGCCAACUUUCGAAGAGUUUCUGGAUAAGGCCCCAAACAACAGCGAUUAUGAUAACAUCCGCCAAGCGGUGGUAAUUUUGAUGGGAUCGUUAGCCCGACAUUUAGAUCGCGAUGACGAACGCAUUCAGCCGAUCGUUAAUCGACUUCUAGCAGCUCUGUCGACCCCAUCACAACAAGUUCAGGAGUCGGUAGCGAACUGCAUCCCGCAUUUAAUCCCAUCGGUCAAAGAGCAGGCUCCACAGAUGGUAAGGAAACUGAUGCAACAGUUAGUUAAAUCGGAAAAAUACGGAGUGAGAAAAGGAGCAGCAUACGGCAUUGCUGGAAUCGUGAAAGGUCUCGGAAUUUUAUCCCUCAAACAGCUAGAUAUAAUGACAAAGCUCACAAAUCACAUCCAGGACAAAAAGAACUUCAAGUGUCGUGAGGGAGCACUUUUUGCUUUUGAAAUGCUGUGCGCAACCUUGGGUCGUUUGUUUGAACCCUAUAUUGUACACGUUUUGCCUCACCUGCUGCAAUGUUUCGGAGAUUCUUCAUCUUAUGUUCGGGAAGCAGCUGACGAGUGUGCUAAAACUGUCAUGGCUAAAUUGUCGGCUCAUGGAGUGAAGCUUGUGCUACCCUCACUGCUCAACGCUCUGGAUGAAGACUCUUGGCGUACGAAGACGGCUUCCGUCGAACUCCUCGGGGCAAUGGCUUUCUGUGCUCCUAAACAAUUAUCCUCGUGUUUGCCAAGCAUCGUACCAAAGCUGAUGGAAGUUCUUGGAGAUUCACACAUAAAAGUCCAGGAAGCAGGUGCGGAUGCUCUGCGAGUUAUUGGCAGUGUCAUUAAAAAUCCCGAAAUCCAAGCAAUUGUCCCGGUUCUGCUGAAGGCCUUGGAAAAUCCGUCAUCAAAAACAUCCGCAUGUCUACAAAGUUUACUGGAAACUAAAUUCGUCCAUUUCAUUGAUGCUCCAUCACUCGCGCUGAUUAUGCCCGUAGUCCAACGCGCCUUCAUGGAUCGUUCGACGGAAACGCGUAAGAUGGCAGCACAAAUCAUAGGGAACAUGUACUCGCUUACCGAUCAGAAAGAUCUGACUCCGUACCUACCGAAUAUCAUCCCGGGACUGAAGACCUCCUUGCUCGAUCCGGUACCAGAGGUUCGUGCCGUAUCUUCGCGUGCCCUUGGGGCGAUGGUCAAGGGAAUGGGUGAGUCAUCCUUCGAAGACCUACUGCCGUGGUUGAUGCAGACUCUCACGUCGGAAAGUAGUAGCGUUGAUCGGUCGGGAGCAGCACAAGGACUGUCGGAAGUUGUCGGAGGAUUGGGUGUUGAAAAGUUGCAUAAGUUGAUGCCGGAGAUCAUUGCCACGGCGGAAAGAACGGACAUUGCUCCACACGUGAAAGAUGGUUAUAUUAUGAUGUUUAUCUACAUGCCAAGUGCGUUCCCGAACGAUUUUACCCCGUACAUUGGACAGAUCAUAAACCCAAUUCUGAAAGCUUUGGCGGAUGAGAAUGAGUACGUGAGAGACACUGCGUUGAAGGCUGGUCAAAGAAUUGUGAAUCUAUAUGCAGAGUCGGCGAUUGCUUUGCUGCUGCCGGAGCUUGAAAAAGGUUUGUUUGACGAUAAUUGGCGCAUCCGGUACAGCUCGGUCCAACUACUAGGAGAUUUACUGUACAAAAUAUCCGGAGUUUCUGGAAAGAUGACAACGCAAACAGCUUCCGAAGAUGACAACUUCGGAACGGAGCAGAGUCACAAAGCGAUCAUCAGGAGUUUGGGUGCGGAACGAAGAAAUCGAGUUCUGGCUGGGUUGUACAUGGGUCGUAGCGAUGUUUCACUUAUGGUUCGACAAGCGGCGUUGCAUGUCUGGAAGGUUGUAGUUACGAAUACACCCCGAACUUUGCGAGAAAUUUUGCCGACGUUGUUCAGUUUGUUAUUGGGAUGUUUAGCCAGCACAAGCUACGACAAGCGGCAGGUUGCGGCUAGAACACUUGGAGAUUUGGUUCGAAAACUGGGAGAACGUGUACUCCCCGAGAUCAUUCCUAUUUUGGAGCGCGGUUUGAAUUCAGAUCAAGCCGAUCAACGACAGGGUGUAUGUAUUGGUCUCUCGGAAAUUAUGGCAUCUACGUCCAGAGACAUGGUGCUAACUUUCGUGAAUAGUUUAGUUCCUACUGUUCGGAAAGCGCUGGCUGAUCCUCUUCCAGAAGUUCGUCAUGCCGCUGCCAAAACAUUUGAUUCGCUUCACGCUACGGUCGGAUCUCGUGCUCUUGAUGACAUUCUACCGUCUAUGCUGGAAAGUCUCUCCGAUCCAGAUCCGGACGUGGCCGAAUGGACUCUGGACGGCCUUCGUCAAGUUAUGGCCAUCAAGUCACGCGUCGUGUUGCCAUAUCUUAUACCACAGCUGACUGCUAAUCCUGUUAACACAAAAGCUCUUUCAAUUCUGGCAUCUGUGGCAGGAGAAGCUCUUACUAAAUAUCUACCGAAGAUUCUACCGGCUCUACUAUCGGCACUAUCAGCUGCACAAGGCACUCCAGAGGAAGCUCAAGAAUUGGAAUACUGCCAAGCGGUAAUCCUAUCCGUUAGCGAUGAAGUCGGAAUCCGGACCAUCAUGGAUACCGUUAUGGAAUCUACUAAAUCGGAAAAUACGGGUACACGGAAAGCUGCCGCAACACUUCUGUGCGCUUUCUGUACUCACUCACCAGGGGACUAUUCUCAAUAUGUCCCUCAACUAUUCCGAGGAUUGUUACGAUUACUGGCGGACUCAGAUCGGGAUAUUCUUCAGCGUUCAUGGGAUGCCCUCAACGCAGUCACUAAAACUUUGGACUCGGCACAGCAAAUUGCCCAUGUCACGGAUGUUCGUCAAGCGGUUAAGUUUGCUAGCAGUGAUCUCAAGGGUGCUGAGCUGCCAGGUUUCUGCUUACCCAAAGGUAUCACUCCGCUCCUACCGGUAUUCCGCGAGGCUAUUCUCAAUGGUUUACCUGAGGAAAAGGAGAAUGCCUCCCAGGGGUUAGGAGAAGUUAUUCAACUGACUUCCGCUUCAUCAUUGCAACCUUCUGUGGUUCACAUCACUGGACCACUUAUCCGCAUUCUCGGCGAUCGGUUUAACGCUGGUGUUAAAGCCGCUGUUCUUGAGACGUUAGCCAUUCUUCUACAUAAGGUUGGAAUCAUGCUGAAACAAUUUCUGCCGCAGCUGCAAACUACAUUCCUCAAGGCCCUGCACGAUCCUACCAGGAUAGUUCGGAUCAAGGCUGGUCACGCACUUGCAGAGCUGAUCGUGAUACACACCAGACCCGAUCCGUUAUUCAUCGAAAUGCACAACGGUAUCAAGAGCGCAGACGACUCAGCUGUUCGAGAGACAAUGCUUCAAGCUUUGCGAGGUUUGUUGACGCCAGCCGGUGAUAAGAUGACUGAUCCAUUGAAAAAGCAAAUCUAUGGCACGCUCGCCGGUAUGUUGGGCCAUCCAGAGGAUGUUACUCGCUCGGCAGCCGCCGGUUGCUUCGGUGCGCUUUGCCGUUGGUUGAACCCUGAUCAGCUGGAUGACGCUUUGACCUCACAUUUGCUAAACGAAGACUACGGCGAUGAUUUAACUCUGCGGCAUGGACGUACAACAGCUCUUUUCGUGAUUCUCAAAGAAUUCCCGGCGGCUGUGUACAUUGAGAAAUAUGAGACUAAAAUCAGUAAAACCAUCAUCGCUUCGAUACAAACAGACAAGAUCCAAAUUGCCCUAAAUGGAGUUCGUGCAGCCGGCUACCUCCUCCAGUACGGAAUGUGCUCCGAUGAAGUGAAACUCCCACAGGCAAUCAUCGGUCCGUUUGUCAAAUCCAUGAACCACAUGAGCAACGAAGUGAAACAAUUGCUAGCAAAAACUUGCAUCCAUCUGGCGAAAACCGUUCCGGUUGACAGGACGGCUCCGGAAUAUUUGCGGUUAGUGAUCCCGAUGCUCGUCAACGGAACCAAGGAAAAGAACGGCUACGUUAAAUCCAACUCAGAAAUUGCACUAGUCUACGUACUUCGGUUGCGCGAAGGCGACGAAGUACACCAGAAAUGCUUAACACUAUUGGAACCGGGUGCCAGAGAAUCGCUCAGCGAAGUGGUCAGCAAAGUUCUGCGCAAAGUUGCCCUCCAGCCGGUGGGCAAGGAGGAGGAGUUAGACGACACGAUUCUCACGUGAUUAGGGUGGCUUUCGCUGCUGACUUUAGGAAGACGCAAACAGUUACAACUCGGUGGUUUAUCCACUGGUUGCCCUGUGAGACUAGUUAUUGCCAUGUAUUGCUGUGACACUUUGCUAGUGGUAACAAGUUCGCUGUUCCGGAGCACAUGGCACACUUGGAACAAUAAAGAAAAUAAUCGAUAUGAAAACA